GUUCCAAUCGGACAAGUUCAGGAUGUUCGUCAAGACGCUUCUCUUGCUAAUGGCAGCUAAUGUCCUUUCGGCAGGACACAUUGGCCAUCCUGAAAAUCGAAUCAUUGGAGGAAGCAAUGCAGCUAUCGAGACAGCUCCUUGGCAGGUUUUUCUACAAAAACGCAUACUAUUUUCACCUACAUCUGAAUGUGGUGGCUCACUAAUAAGACCCGACAUUGUGUUAACAGCCGGCCAUUGUGUAAGUUCUAAUAGUAUACUAACAAAGUAUACUGUUCGAGUUGGUUCUUCAAACAAAAACAAAGGAGGACAACUUUUCACCGUUGCAAAGAUCGUGGUACACGAAUAUUUUCAUAUAGACGAAAAGAAAAAUCUAUUUCUCAACGACAUUGCCGUGUUGAGAUUAAGCAAUCCCGUUCAAAUUGGUCCUUCAGUUCAAACUAUUUCACUGGCUACGUACGCGCCUCCUGCUGGAGCCCAGGCCUUGGCCACCGGAUGGGGAAAGAUCUCGCCGUUUGUGGAAGAGUCUCCUAUCGUAUUGCAAGGAAUCAAUGUUUCCAUUUUGUCCUCCGUGGAGUGCAAUAAAUUUCCAUGGGUAAACGAAGGCAACAUAUGCGCUGGAUCAUAUGGAAAAACACCAUGCGAUGGAGAUUCCGGAGGAGGUUUGGUUGUUAAUAACCAGGUGGUGGGUGUGGUUUCGGCUGGAGGUGAAUGGUGUAAUACGCCAACAUCCCAUGCUAGCGUUCCCUACUACCACCAGUGGAUUUUAGGAGCAAUUGAUAAGGCAUAUUCCUUAUUAUAAAAAACAAAAAUAAAUAAAUCGCAGCAAAACUA